AUGCGCUUCUCUUCUUCGGCCUUGUUCAGCCUGAUUUUCACGGCUAGCGCCCAUCUCGGACCACACACCGAGCCCUCCGAUACCCAAAUCAUUCACAAGGCUGCUCUAUCUUCCCGUUGCAUGAAGGAUGUCGUGCUCCCAAUCCGUACGCAAGCGCCCUACUAUCAAACCUUCCAGAACGAUACCUGUAUUUUCUCCCCCGAGAUAACCGCAGGGCCCUGCUACUGGCCGCACUCCUCAGCCCUCAAACGGGAUAUGACUGAGAACCAAGGUGUCAUGGCGGAUCUCUGGCACUGUAACGCUACCGGAAGCUACUCCAGCUUCAGCGCCCUUUCACCCAAUACCCCGUUUCCGGAGCUGCUUGCAGAACAGGGCAAGAAUAUUUCCGACUUAGUAGUUGGAACGACCGAUCUGUAUACGGACUCUGAGUCUUGGUUGCGAGGUACGUACCCGACUAUUGAGCAUGGGAUGAUGCAGAUGAAGACUAUUUUCCCAGAGGAUGCCGACUGGACCUUUCGGGAAAUCGGAACACUCGUGCUAGAGAACAUGGUCAGCACAGGACAAUUGUAUUUGGGCGAGGAGCCUGAAGCAAAAAUCAUGGCCAUGGACCCUUAUGCCUCUCAUACGGAAGUCAAGUGCACUAGCAAAGCGGAAAAUAAGGAAUUUUUCCAAGGGCAUGGCGGAACGGAUUACCCGGUCGUCUGA